AUGAAAAACUCGUUCCUAACAACAGUUUGUCUGACCCGGACUGUUAUGGAAUUUUGUGCCUAUAUUGAGAUCGAGAUGUUUGCUUGGCAGCACUUCAUGUUUUCUUUUGGGAUUAUCGCUUCACUGACAAGAACAGGAAUUUUAAUAUUUUAUUUGUUGAAGAAUAUAAAAAGUACCAUUCACUCGUUAACUUCACGUAUCAUUUCUCUGUCUGUGCCUUAUCAAAAAUUCAGCUCACAAGAAAUGCACUCGCAAAUUUUAAAAUCAAAAAUAAGUAAAACUUGUCUUACUAGCUUCAUCACCCGUACGCUAAAUUCUAAUUAA